UGUUUUACUUCUGUUAAGUAACUACUGUACUGACCUCGUGAUGAAAACUGCAAUUUUAGCCUUUAUGCUAUUUUCUGCAUGUUCUGCCUUUAAAUUCAAGGUGCAUCCCGAUGUAGUGAAGUCUUGGGCAGGUGUGGUAACUCCUUACAGUGAGGAAUGCGCUGCGGAAACUAAUGUGAACUCCAAGGAACAGUUCACAGCCAUUUUUAGUAUGAAUUUUCCCGACACCCACGAGUUUCACUGCUUUACAGAAUGCAUUUUGCGCCGGUGGGGUAUCUACGAUCCGGAGACGGGCGCUCUUGAUCUAAAGAGAUUUGAAGAUUCCGCAGUGGGAUUUAACGCGGACAUUACUCAAAAGUGCUACGGAAAAUCCAAACAUAUUGUCGAUCAUUGCGAAAAGAUUUUCUCCGCUAUUAACUGUGUUAUUACAAACCUUUUUAAAGACCAAUAGUGAUAUCCUUACAAAUAAACUAUUAGAUGCGUUA